AACGUCACAGUCUUGCGCCCACGAUCUGCUUGUGUCUGAUGUUCGAAUUCAAUUCCCUCCAAAGUUUCCUCAGUACGUUGCAAUACGUUGUUCCUGUUGCGACUCUGAUCUCCAUUGUAGAUCCACUCGUCGCUUUCUUCUUACUGGUUUGCUUAGAAUUCGGUGCUACUGUCACCUACGUAAUCUUUUUGACAAGAAGAACCUUCUCUUGCUUCUUAUUCGCCGAAACUUCUCCAUGAUAGUGAUUCGUCUAUCGGAGUAGAGUAACUGUGAAUAUCACACAAAAUUUGUCUGCCUAAUUAUUUCAAUAAUUUUUUCAUUAAUAAUUUAAUUUAUCGUUGCAUUUAAAUUAUUUUCGUUUACUUUAUAUAUAGUAAUCUAUAAUUGUUCACAGUAGUAAACAAAUAAAUACUCAUAUAUCUAAAGAACUAACAAUUAAUUUUAUAACAUAACGUCCGGUCCUAUCAAUAUUUACAAGGAUAAAUAUAUUGUAAGCGUAGUAGAUAAUAUUUCAGUAGUCAGAGAACAUUCCAAGUCUAAGUGACACAUUUAAAAUUAAAAUGUCGAAUCCUCUUGUAAAAAUUGAACAAGGUUCUUUAAAUGGUGCAUUUGUUGAUGGUGAACUUGGACAAUUUAUGACAUUUCGUGGAAUUCCUUAUGCUGAACCACCAGUUGGAAAAUUAAGAUUCAGAGAUCCUAAACCUCCUCAACCUUGGAAAGGAAUUCGAGAUGCAACGAAAGAAGGAAGUGUUCCAUCACAAUUUGAAUAUCAAAUUAAUCAAUUUAUAGGAGAAGAUGAUUGUCUUUUUAUUAAUGUAUCGACGAAUAAUUUAACAGAACUGAAACCUGUUAUGGUUUGGAUAUAUGGCGGUGGUUUUAUAAAUGGUUCAGGAAAUGUGGACUUUUAUAGACCAGAUUAUUUUAUGCAACACGAUGUUGUUUUUGUCUCUUUUAACUAUAGGCUAGGAAUGUUAGGAUUUUUAAAUAUGGAUAUGGAAGAUUGUUCAGGGAAUCAGGGACUAAAGGAUCAAGUACUCGCUUUGAAAUGGGUUCAAAAAAAUAUCGGUGCUUUCGGUGGUGAUAAAAAUAAUGUGACAAUUUUUGGAGAAAGUGCUGGAUCUGCUUCUGUUCACUAUCUUUGCAUUUCUCCUUUGUCCAAAGGACUAUUUCACAAAGCAAUCGCUCAAAGUGGAGUUGUUAUUAAUCCCUUUGGACAGCAGACUUCUAAUAAAGAAUAUGCAAUAAAAGUUGCCGCUAAAUUAGGUUGCUCUUCAUCAAAUAACGAAGAAAUAGUACAAUUUCUUCGUACCAUACCUGUUGAGAAGAUUCUUGAGACACAAUAUGAAAUUUUUGACAUACAUCCAUUGAAAUUGGAAUUUUAUUUCAUCCCUACAGUGGACAAGAAAUGCCCUAAUCCAUUUCUACCUAAAUCUUUGACGGAAAUGAUUGAAAAUGGAAUUGACGUUCCUUUAAUCAUAGGUUACACCUCAGAUGAAGGAAUGCUUUCCCUAGAUAGUCCAGAAUUUAAUAGUGAAGAAAAAAUGAGUAAAUUGAAAUACAAUUUUGAGGCACAUCUUUGCAAAGAUUUAAAAAUUAAUUCUACUGUUGCUUCCAAUUUUUCUAAUGAUGUAAAACAAUUUUAUUUUGGAGAUGAUACAAUUUAUAAAUCAGAACAGGAUAAAUUCAUUCAAUAUAAAGGAGACGCAAUAAUUGUUGCCGGAAUUUGGCAUAUAUUGGAAAAACAAUUGCAGAAAAAAACUCCGACAUAUUUAUAUAAAUUUUCACAUUCUCCAGAAGUUUCUCUUGUGAAGAUGUUUUAUAAAAUUGACGCAAAUGGUGCAUGUCAUGCUGAUGAUUUAAAUUAUUUGUUUUACAAAGAAAGUCUCCCUUCAAAUGAGCAACUUCAAAGAGGGACAAAAAAUUAUUUAAUAAUGGAACGAAUGACGAGAAUGUGGACUGAUUUUGCAAAAACAGGAAAUCCAACACCUAAAAUAGAUGAUCUUAUAAAAUCAAAAUGGUCUCCGUACAAUUCUGAUAAAAAAUGUUGUCAGCACAUUGUUGAUAAUUUCAAUACAGAAGAUAAUUUCAUUGAAAAUUCGUGGAAAUUAUGGAAAUCAAUAUACCAAAAAUAUAAGUUAUUUUAAUUUACAAAUUAUGUCUAUCCAAAUAAUUUCAUUAACUUAAUUAUAAAUACUAAAUUAUUAUUUUUGUUUGUCAAAAAUAAAUGUAAAUCAUUUUAUAUUUUAAAACAUUAUUAUUAUUUUCAAUAAAACGCUAAAUUUAAAUAACAAAUAAAUAAAAUACAUUUUUUAACCAAACGAACACAAAAUCCCCUUAAGUGUUAAAAUGUUUCUGUAUU